AUGGCCGGUAACUUCUUCGUGGCGCCGGAGGAGCAGAUCAUGGCGGAUCCGGCUGGAUUCAUGGUCGAUCUGAACCUCCAGUUCGACGACCAGGACGACGGCGCCGACACGUCGGCGGCCGCGUGCAAGAGGAAGUUCGGCGACCAGAACGGCACACAGAGCGACACGGUCGCCGCCCCGAAGAAGAAGGCGCGCUCCACGGCACCACCGGUGCAGAGGAAGGGCAAGAGCGGCGCGCAGCCCAAGAAGGCUUCGAAGGGCUCGUGCAGCCGAGGCGCCCAGGAAGAGAACAAUGGCGAGGCCAACAACAACGUGCAGAGCUCCAGCAACUACCUCUCCGACGAGGAGGGCUCGCUGGAGAUGACCUCCUGCAGCAACAUGAGCUCGGCGUCCAAGAAGACGUCGUCGUCGCGAGGUGACCACGGCCUCGGCGGCGGCGCCAAGGCGAGGGCCGGGCGCGGAGCGGCCACCGACCCGCAGAGCCUCUACGCCAGGCAGAAACGUAGAGAAAAGAUCAACGAGCGGCUGAAGGUGCUGCAGAACCUCAUCCCUAAUGGAACCAAGGUGGACAUCAGCACGAUGCUGGAAGAAGCAGUCCACUACAUCAAGUUCAUGCAGCUCCAGAUCAAGCUUUUGAGCUCGGAUGACAUGUGGAUGUUCGCGCCGAUCGCCUACAACGGGUUCAACGUCGGCCUCGACCUCAAGAUCGCUCCGCCGCAGCAAUGA